CCCACACCCACACCCACUCCCACACCCACACCCACACCCACACCCACACCCCACACCCACACCCACGCCCACACCCACACCCCAAAAUAUGAAUAAUCUGUUCGAAAAAAGUACCAAACCAAAGUCUCAAAGCAGCAUGUAAAAGUCAUAUUCUAAUGCAGCACACUAGUAUUGUGGAACAAUACUACUACUUCAUUACCCUUUUUUAAUUCAACAAAUUAUAGUACUUUGAAACCGCAAUACCAGUGAUUCAUUUUAUCCAUGAUAUUCUUUCUAUAACAACCAAUACAUUCAAAACGUUUCUCUUUUAUCUUCAAUAACAUUCAGCAGCAUUUCAGAUAAGUUUUCGCAUGAUAUAUAAUUCAACUUGGUGGUCCAUUUCUAUAUGUCAGAAACCUCUUACUAAUAUCCAAUGUCGUAUAGAAGUACACGGAUAUGGUUCAUAGGUCCUGUAAUAACUUAUCGCUGCCAGUAAUUUUUUUUUCGAUUUUCCUUUAUUAUGUUGUAGCAUUUUAAAUGAGCUUUCGAAUGAUAUAUUAUUCAACUUGGCGGUUCCUUUCUAUGUGCAAAAAUACUCAUACUAAUAUCAAGUGUCGUGUACAAAUACAUAGAAAUCGUCCACAGGUUCUGUGAUGAGUCAUAGCUGCCAACAAUUUUUUUUCGAUUUUUCUUUAUUAUCUUGUAGCAUUUUAAACAAGCUUUCAAAUGGUAUAUAAUUCAACUUGGCGGUCCCUUUCUAUAUGUCAGAAUAUGCAAGGGAUUUUGAUGCGUGGUAAUGCUUUAUAUCGGUAUAUGACUAUAUAAUAUAUUGAUGCCCGUCCGCUACAACAGCACAUCAUAUUGAUCUGAUUUUUAUAUUAAAACAAUUGUUAGACCUAAUGUGAUGAUUUUAGAAGGAGAAAGUAGUACUUUGUUGGGGGGGGGGGGGGGGGGGGGGGAAAUUUUGGUUUGAAAUCCCCCCCCCCCUUGGGAUUUUGGUGAUGGUUUUACCGAUUUCAUUAUAGAAUUCAACAAUAUGUUUUUAUUUUUAAAGUGGUUGGUGUGUGGGGUGGGUGUUGAGGGGGGGGGGGGGGGGGGGGUGGGGGGGGGGGGGGGGGGGUGGGUCAAAUUUCUGGUCUUAACGUCCCCCCUCCUUUAGUAUUAUGAUCAGUGUGUGCCACUAUCAGUAUAAGAAUUGAACAAGAUUAUUCUCUAUAUAAAAUGUGGUUGUCAAUAACUCUUGAUUAAUUACCUAAUAACUGUUAGCCAACUGAUAUAUGAUUAUGUCUUUCAUUUAAUACAACAAUGACUUGUAAAAAAACAUAUCAUAAGAAUAUAAAUUGUCGUUACUCUAGAUCUAUUUACAAACACUACUAUAAAACUGGUUGUUUUUUUUAAUUUCAAUCUUCUAAUCUAUGAUGAAAGGUUUGAAAUAGAAUGUAUGAAUAAAAAAAGACAUUUACAGAAAUAAAUCCGAUUAUGUUUGCUAUUUAUUUUUUGAUUAGUCUCUCUCGAAAUCCAUAUAUAUACAUCAUUUACUCUUUAUUCAUUUCAAAAAAUGGUCAACAUAUUAUUCUUUGUUGUUUUUUCUUUCUUUUCACUAAUUAAUCAAGUUAAAUGUUUUCAACAACAACCUAAACUAAUUAGCACACACAUAGUAUGUUAUACAUUUUAAUUUAUAAAUUAUUUAUCUAUUUAAUAAAAAGAUUUAUCGACAUGGAGAUCGUACACCAAAUUUUUUGUACCGGAAAAGUAAUGUUGAUGAAUCUUUCUGGCCAAAUGGUUUCGGACAAUUAACAGUUCGAGGACAAAUUCAACAAAUACGAUUAGGACAAUAUAUUCGAGAACGAUAUUCUCAAUUACUCAAUUCAACAUAUGUCGCUUCGGAAAUAUUUGUUCGAAGUACGGAUCUCGACAGAACUCUUAUGUCAGCUUAUUCAAAUUUGCUUGGAUUAUAUCCUACGUCAAAGGAUAAAUUAAAUCAAAUCCUACUAGAACUAGAACAAGAAAAUAUAUGGCCAAAAAUUCUACCAUGGCAACCAAUUCCUGUACAUACUGUACCAGAAUCGAUUGAUUACGUAUGUAGUUUAACAGAUAGAUUUAUUCAUCAAAGUACAAUAUCAUAG